CUAGUUUUUUUUUUCUUUUUUUUUGGGCGGGCGUUUCUUCUUCACGCGCAGCACCGAGGAGGAGGAGGAGGAAAACAGAAAAUGGCGGACGGUGUUGACCACAUCGAUAUUUACGCCGAUGUAGAAGAGGAAUUUAAUCAGGAGUCAGACUAUCCAGUUCACGAGCAGAUUGACCUGUAUGAUGAUGUCAUCUCACCAUCUGCCAACAACGGGGACGCACCUGAGGACCGAGAUUACCUGGACAACCUGCCUGCGCCGGGAGGAUCCGAGGGGAGCAAAGGAGCGCCGCCGAACGUCGUCUACACCUACACCGGCAAACGAAUCGCUCUGUACAUCGGCAACCUCACAUGGUGGACCACUGAUGAAGAUUUGACCGAUGCUAUUCGCUCGGUAGGCAUCAAUGAUGUGCUGGAGAUCAAGUUUUUUGAGAAUCGGGCAAAUGGCCAGUCUAAAGGGUUUGCUCUGGUCUGCGUGGGGUCAGACUCCUCCUCCAGGAAGCUGAUGGAUCUGUUGUCCAAGCGGGAGCUACACGGACAAAACCCCAUCGUCACCCCUUGCAACAAACAGUCGCUCAGCCAGUUUGAGAUGCAGUCGAGAAAAAUUUCUGUCCACCCAGGCACACAGUCUGGUCAGAUGUCGGGAGAGGGGAAGGCUGGUCCUCCAGGUAUAGGCGGUCGCAGUGGCUUCCCUCUUGGCAAGAAUCGAGGACGCUUUCCCACCCCUCCUGGCCCCGGAGGAGACCGCUUCCCUGGACCUGGUGGACCCGGAGGACCCCCACCACACUUCUCAGGUAUGCAAGGCCCGCCGCGUCCUCCCUCAGGCCCACCUGGGCCUCCAGGACCCCCCGGGCCCCCUCCACCUGGACAAGGACUGCUGCCGCCCCUCGGAGGUCCUCCGAACAGAGGAGACCGGCCUCCUCCACCCGUCAUGUUUCCUGGUCAGUUUGGUCAGCCUCCUAUGGGACCGAUGCCUCCGGGGCCGCCUCCACCUGGAUAUGGGCCUCCCCCGGGCCCCCCUCCACUUCAGCAGGGUCUGCCCCCUCCAGGACCCUUCCCGCCCCGUCCUCCUGGUCCCUUAGGACCCCCGCUUGGCCUCGUGCCUCCACCACACAUGCAGGGACCCCCGCCUGGAGGUCCACCGCCCGCCCCUCACGUAAACCCGGCCUUCUUCCCUCCGCCCGGAAACAACAACAUGCCCUCGUCUGACGGCAGGGGCCCUCCGCCGGGGGACAUGUACGGCCGCCCUCCUCCAUACGACAGAGACUAUGGCCCUGGCGGCAGGGACAUGGAUUCGUCUCGCGCUCCUCUGAGCGAAGCUGAGUUUGAGGAGAUCAUGAAUCGUAACAGAGCGAUCUCCAGCAGUGCUAUCUCGAGGGCAGUCUCCGAUGCAAGCGCAGCUGAUUACGGCAGUGCUAUAGAGACUCUGGUGACGGCCAUCUCUCUGAUCAAGCAGUCGAAGGUUUCUGCCGAUGACCGCUGUAAAGUCCUCAUCAGCUCGCUGCAGGACUGCUUGCAUGGAAUCGAGUCCAAAUCCUAUGGCUCUGUUUCAGGCAGCAGACGGGAGCGGUCCAGAGAGAGGGACCACAGUCGCUCUAAUGAGAAGCGUCACCGCAAGUCUCGCAGUCGAGACCGCCGCGAGGACUAUUACAGGGAGCGCAGCCGCGAGAGAGACCGCCAUCGUGACCGUGACCGCGAGAGAGACAGAGAACGUGAGCGGGAGUAUCGCCGUUAGUUGGAGAGGAAGCUGAACGCAAGAGGAGGAGGAGAGACGUCAGGAGCAACGUGGAUUCAUCCCACCGCGUCACGGAGAGCGCCGGACUCCGGACACACUCUACAGUUCUGUAAAAUAUGAUACACUCAUUCUUAAUUCCUGACAGCUCUUUUAUUUUUUACUUUUUAUUUGGAAGUAGCUGUGUGCUAAAGUCAGUUCAGCAAAAGAUAAUUUUUUGCCUGCUUGUUCGAAACACAAAAAAACUUUCCGACUGCUAUAAUGUUGUAAAUUGUCAGUUAGCUAGAUUUGUUUUUAUAGCAUCCUCUUUUUGGUUUCAUGUUUCAUCCCUUUUCCCCAUCUUCCAGUAUAAUGUUUGUAAGUGUCUCUUGCCUUGAUUAUUAAAUAGAAUCUGUGUUGUAA